AAAACUAAAAAGAGAGCAGCGUACACGAACGUUCGAAAUAAAUCUUCGAGGCUUGUAUGAAAAACCAAACAUCUCUGGACCUGAUAAAAGAAAACCUUAUCGUCUCUCUGCUCCCAGUAUACCAAUCUUUGAGCUUCUUCUGCAGAGAAAGAACCCACCAUCCUACUCUCUCUCUCUCUCUCUCUGUUUUGGUGGUGGCAAUGAGGGGGAGGAGCUCAGGCUUGGAGGUCUUCUUCCUUGUUGCAUUCUUCCUGGCAGUGCAGCACCUGGGUCUGGUCACAGCCAAGACGUCCAAUUCCUCACGUUGGCAAACCUUAAGCGCAGGUAGAGCCCCUGCAAUCAUAGCUAGGGGAGGCUUUUCAGGGCUUUUUCCUGAUUCCAGUUUAGAUGCCUUCCUAUUUGGAGUUUCUGUUAGCUCAAAUGAUUCAUUUCUUUGGUGCGAUGUGCAAUUAACAAAGGAUAAUGUUGGGAUUUGUGUACCGGAUAUAAAAUUAGACAACUGCACUAAUAUUGCAAAUGUUUAUCCUGGCCGAGAGAAGGUUUACGUCGUUAAUGGCGUGCGUACACCAGGCUGGUUCUCUGUGGACUAUAAAGCGACCGAGCUAGCACAGUCGGUUUCAUUAAUACAAGCAAUUUAUUCUCGGACCUUUGUAUUUGAUAACAUGUUUCCUAUCCUCGCCGUUGAUGAUGUGGUAACACAAGUGAGACCACCUGGUCUUUGGUUGAAUAUACAGCAUGAUAGCUUCUACCAGCAGCACAAUCUAAGCAUGAGAAGCUAUGUGCUUUCUGUGUUCAAGCGUGUUAUUGUGAACUAUAUCUCCUCGCCAGAGGUGAAUUUUCUCACAAGUAUAGAGAAAAGAUUUAGACAAAGCACAACAAAGCUUGUUUUUCGCUUUCUCAAUGAAGACAUUGCAGAACCUUCUACAAAUCAAACAUAUAGUUUGCUGUUGAAAAAUCUUACAUUUAUCAAGACCUUUGCCUCGGGAAUUCUUGUCCCCAAACAUUACAUUUGGCCUGUAACACCUGAUAAUUAUCUACAACCCUACACUUCCAUUGUCAUGGAUGCCCAUAAAGCAGGGUUGGAAAUCUUUGCAGCGGACUUUGCAAAUGACAAUAUUAUUAGCUACAAUUACAGUUAUGAUCCUUUAUCUGAAUAUCUUUAUUUCAUUGACAAUGGUUUCUUCUCUGUUGAUGGUGUGCUGACAGACUUCCCUAUAACUCCAUCAGAGGUUGUAGCUUGCUUUUCUCAUAUAAACAAGAGCAGCAUUGAUCAUGGACGUCCUCUAAUUAUCUCACAUUAUGGAGCCAGUGGAGACUACCCAGAUUGUACUGAUCUGGCUUAUCAGAAAGCAGUUAAUGAUGGUGCAGAUGUAAUUGAUUGCCCUGUUCAAGUAACACACGAUGGAAUUCUCAUAUGUAUGAAGUCGAUUGACCUUCUGGAUGAUACUACAGUAACAAGAUCACCUUUCAGUUCCUAUGCUUCUAUUAUCCCAGAUAUUAAGAGGACUCCUGGAAUUUAUACUUUUAAUCUCACUUGGAAUGAGAUUCAAAAGAACUUGCAACCCACCAUGUCAGCUCCUUUCAUUGAAUAUAACUUGGUGCGAAAUCCACGGUACAAGAAUAAAGGGAACUUCAUGACAUUAUCUGAAUUUCUAACCUUUGCGAAAGGCAAGGAUCUAUCUGGAAUCUUGAUCACCAUAGAGAAUGCAGCAUUCAUAGUGGAGAAAUUAGGAAUUGGUGUAACAGAUGCUGUCAUCAACGCCAUAAGUUUUGCUGGUUAUAACACUCAGACCACUCCAGAAAUUAUGAUUCAGUCUACCAAUAGUUCUGUUCUGAAGAAGUUCAGGCAGCAUACCAAGUACAAACUUGUUUACAAGAUAGAUGGACCGGUUGGCGAUGCUGUCAAUUCCUCGGUUGAAGAUAUUAAAGAAUUUGCUGAUUCUGUGGCCAUUUUAACGGAUUCCAUCUAUCCUGACACCCAAUUGUUCAUUACCAGUAAAACUGAUAUCGUGAAUAAGUUUCACAGAUAUAACCUUUCUGUGUAUGUAUAUCUUCUUCAGAAUGAAUUUGUAUCUCAACCAUGGGACUAUUUCUCAGAUCCAAUUGUCCAGAUCAAUUCAUUUGUCGAGGGAGCUAAGGUGGAUGGAAUCAUCACAGAUUUUCCACGGACAGCUAGAGCAUACAAAAGAAAUUCUUGUAGGAAUUUGGGACCUAAGGCGCCCGUCUUUAUGGAGCCUGUUGAAGCUGGAGAUCUGUUGCAACUCAUCCCCUUUGCGGCGCAGCCUCCAGCCUUAGCUCCCAUGCCUGUCCUGAAUGUCUCCAAUGUGGUGGAGCCGCCUCUGCCUCCUGUUGCAUCAAAGACACCACCCCCUGCCGGUGGAGGAACUGCAGCACCACCUUCUCAGCGGCCAUCUGAUGGGCCACGUUGCACUGCCUCACUCUUCAUCUCGCUAUCAAUGCUCUGUGGAUUCUUUCCAUUCAUCUGAGUCAACUGCAUGCACGAUCUUAUCUUUGGACUCAGUUUGCUGAAGCUUCAACUAUCGAUGGCCCACCCACUGAUCCUCUUUAUUUUUGUUCAUUGUGAUUCCUUCUGUAUUAUUAUCAUCAAUUUUUCUGUGUAUGAUUAUAUCCUUAAUCAUUCUCGAUGGUGUUGUGAGCAUCUGGUCAUCCUGUAAGCAUUUCACACAUAUCAUGGAAAUAGAUCAUUUGCGCUAGCUUCUCACAAAAA